CCGGAAGAAAAAAUACAAUACUUCCGGCGCUCUAACGCGUUGAGUGUGUUUAUGAUUUUAUAAUUACAUUUCUUAUUUUUCAUAUUAAAAAUUAUUUACAGUGAUAACAUACAUCAGUUGUGUGUCCUUGGACAGAAGCUGAAAAUAAUCAGGGAUGGCGUCAUUAUGCAGUCUGAGACCAGUUUUGACAUCGUUUAUGCAAGUGUCCCAGUUUGCAUCCCAAUGGUCGAGGCCUGUCCUCUCCAGAACUAUGGCUACACUGAAUCAGAUGCAUCGCCAGGGCAAGCCCCCACCUCCUCCCAAGAAAAUCAGCGCCACAUUCGGCCGCCCCCAGCUAAAAGCCGUGGUCCUGAAGACGAUGAUACGAAAACCAAAGAAACCGAACUCGGCUAACCGUAAAUGUGCCAGAGUCCGCUUGAGUAACGGGAAGGAGGCGGUGGUGUUCAUACCUGGGGAGGGACACAACCUCCAGGAGCACAACGUUGUGUUGGUGCAGGGUGGCAGGACACAGGACCUGCCUGGGGUCAAGCUGACUGUGGUCAGGGGGAAAUAUGACUGUGCUCAUGUCGUGAAGAAGAAAAACAACUGACGAGGACAUGGGACAGGGAAGGGUAUGACUGUCUUUUGUUGUUAUUUGUUGUGUAAUAAAUGUCCAAGUUUAAACUUGGUUUGGACACAGUGA